CAAAACUUACGUGGUUCAAAGUUUGUUUUGAUGUUGCUGAUUUUUUCCAACGCCGCAAAUUACUCCACUUUUUAAGUUCACAAUUGCUCUUAUCAACACGUAGAGUAGCGUACCCCUUAUUUACAUGAGAGCUCGCAACAUUGGUUGUCGUUCAUUGGAUCGUUGGACUAUUGUAAGCUGCUGAUUGUGACGUGUCGCUAAAAAUUCUUUGUUUUUUCGUGAAAUUUUCGUCUCGUGAUGGUUGGAAAGGAAGCUGAUGGCAUGCGAGCCUUGAUUCUCGUGGGCGGAUAUGGCACGAGAUUGCGCCCAUUGACGUUGAGUCAACCGAAGCCUUUGGUUGAGUUUGCCAACAAGCCGAUUUUGUUGCAUCAAAUUGAGGCGCUCGUGGAUGCCGGAGUCAAAGAGGUAAUUCUGGCUGUUUCUUACCGCGCCGACCAAAUGGAGAAAGAACUCAAGGAGCAAACGAAGAAAAUGGGCGUCAAUUUGGUAUUUUCGCACGAACAAGAACCCUUGGGAACAGCAGGUCCUUUAGCUUUAGCGAAAGAUAUUUUGCUGAAAAGUCCCGAGCCAUUUUUCGUCUUGAACUCUGACGUCAUUUGCGACUUCCCGUUCAAAGAUUUGUACCAAUUCCAUCGCAAACACGGCAAAGAAGGCACAAUUGUCGUCACAAAAGUCGAAGAACCCUCGAAAUAUGGCGUCGUUUUGUACGACGAGCACGGCUGCAUCGAAAAUUUCAUCGAAAAACCGCAAGAAUUCGUCAGCAACAAAAUCAACGCCGGCAUGUACAUUCUAAAUCCCUCAGUUUUGUCACGCAUCGAACUCAAACCGACUUCCAUCGAAAAAGAAGUGUUCCCCGUGAUGAGUGCCGAAAAGGAACUUUACGCUUUCGAACUUGCCGGAUUUUGGAUGGAUAUCGGCCAGCCGAAAGAUUUUCUCACGGGAAUGUGUCUCUACUUGACUUCGUUGCGUCAACGAGAUCCCGAGCAACUCGCAAACGGCACGUAUGUCGUCGGGAACGUUUUGAUCGAUCCAACUGCGAAAAUCGGAAAUGGAUGUCGCAUCGGCCCGAACGUCACAAUUGGACCAAAUGUCGUUAUCGAAGAUGGCGCUUGCAUUAAACGAUGCACUGUGCUGAAUGGAGCCAUCGUCAAAAGUCAUUCGUGGCUCGAUAGUUGCAUCAUCGGAUGGCGAAGCAUUGUCGGGAGAUGGGUUCGUUUGGAAGGAAUCACAGUUUUGGGCGAAGAUGUGAUUGUCAAAGAUGAAAUUUACAUCAAUGGAGGACAGGUUUUGCCUCAUAAAAAUAUUGCGGUUAGUGUGCCCGAGCCGCAAAUUAUCAUGUAAAAAAAUUUUUGUGACUGAAAAAAAAAAUUAUUUUGUGUUCUUAUGAUUUUUUGUUCGAUGUGAGAUAUUUUUUUGGAAAUUUUGCUCUAACCAACGACUAUGUGUAAUAUUAAAUUUAAAAAUAAUCAAAAAAAUUUAAAAAAAAAUAUAAGGAAAAAAAACUUUUGUAUUUAUGAUUGAAUUUUGCAUUCCGAUACGAUACAUAAAAAAAAUUAAGAAA